UUAAUUCUUCCCUGGCCUCUCCUCACUCCCUUACCCACUCUACCCUGGAUUUUGAUAGACAGAAUUUGUUUUGUUUUACACUUUGAUUUAUAAACUACAAAGUGUUCUUCCUGAUACCAAAGAAAAAAAUUCAGGUUUUAGUUUUGCCUCCAGGUUUGAUUCAUGACUAACUAAGGAACUAAGUAGAUAUUGAAAGGCUGUCAGCUUUUGCUGGUGGUAAGCAGCUCCUUGAACAAGAUAUUCAGAGCAUUGUAUUGGUUAUUGGGCCAUAUAGGUGUGUCCUGGCUGGGUACGAACUGACAUGGGUGGAGGAAAUGCAAGCCGAAGCCCAGAAGAAGGAGCUGAUACACCAGUUUAUUGUGCUCUCCUUCCAAAGGGAACAACAAGUCCAAAUGGAGAGCUUGUGUAUAGCAGGGAAAUCCGUCCAUGGCGUUCAGUUCGGCGUAUGCUGGCGCAUGGACACGAUGGAAGAAAGAAUGAUGUGGUGUUCUGCGGCUCUGAAGCUCAGCAACACGUUGUAUUUUUCCCUGGUGAUGUACAGGAUUGCGUGGAAAACAUGGAAACACAUGCGCAUAAUAAGAAAUGGAAGCAGUGGAAUUUAGAAUCCACAGCCAAGAUUUUAGAGAAAAGAUUUCCCAAUAGCUUCAUUUGGGUUGUUCGUCCGUCAAGAUAUCAUCUGAACACAUUUGCUUGUUAUCAAAACUUUGUGGAAGCCGACAUGUUUGGUGUUCCGGAUCACAGGAAUCACGAUUAUGGCGCCUUGUAUCACUUAAGAGCCUUGCUGGAGUCUGCGGUCAAACAAGUCUUGGACAUUCCAGAGGGAGAGGAGGACCCCACGUUUGAUUUCCAAGUGAUUCUUGUGGGUUUCAGUAAAGGAUGUGUUGUACUCAAUCAAAUCAUUUACGAACUAUCCACGGUUUCAGCGGGAGUAGAUCCUUGUCUUAAUGACUUUGCGUCACGCAUAAGUGCCAUGUACUGGUUGGACGGAGGCCAUAGCGGCGAGUCAAACACGUGGAUAACAGAUGAAAAAUUCCUUGAUCAUCUGGCCAAGCACGUGCCAAGGAUUCGCGUGCACGUGACUCCUUACCAAAUCAAGGAUGCGACGCGGCCGUGGAUUGGGAAAGAGCAGAAGAAGUUUGUGGAGAAUCUUCGCUCGCUUGGCGCAAACGUCAAGGUCAAAGUCCAUUUUCAAGACAGAGAUCCCUCCCUAGCUUUCCACUUUAAACUUCUUGAAAGUUUUUAGUGAAAGUAUUGAAUCGUGUUAAUUGUUAUUUAUUUGCCAUGAAUCACUAAGCACUUAAUGACUGAUCCCGCGGGAAACAGUGAGUUUUGUUUCCCCUCGACCUCAAUACUCCUGAGUGAGGGUCUCGGAAAGAAAUCGUUUGCUUGACGCUGGCUGGAUCACAAAUUUGCCACGGUUUGAAGGAGCACGACCUGAUCACGUGCGAGUCGAAAGUUCAAGUUGUUGUAUCCCUAGGGAGUUAGUGAAUUUUGUUCGCCCUAGGGAGUUAGUGAGUUUUGACCCACGACACGUAACACGUUCUCCUUCAAUCGGAGAACGUAUUUGAGUUGGGAGAUAUAACAAGAAUGCUUGAUAUGCAUGCUUCACGGUUACUGAAUGUUCUUGUGGAAACUUCCUCAAAGUAAUCAUAAGCCUUCUAUGAGACUGUUAGCCUCUGUUAGA